AGCUCCUUUCUCCUCGCAUUUCCAGCUCCGUUUCCUCCAUAGCCUAGUCAGCAAGCAUACUGCCCUCGCCAUUGCCGAUUGCUUCGUCAAUGGCGGCUCCUGCUCUCAGCUUGGUUUUGUGUAUGCUCCUGCUCUCGCACGGUUCGGCGCAGGCCAGGAAGACCGUGCCCGGCGAGGUGGUGCCUGCCGCGGAUCGGGAUGGAGCGUCGGGCAGGGAGAGGUUCUUGGGUGGUGGUGUGGAAGGUGCCGCGGGUGGUUCCCGGCGCCGGAGGGAGCUCCUUGCGGGAGCAGGGGCGACGACGACGCGUGACGUGUUCGCGCCGGUGACCAACCCGGUGACGGUGCCGGCGACCAACCCGGCGUCCCCAGGCGGCAUCGUCACCGUGCCGGCGACCAACCCGGGCACGGGCACCGGGUCCGCGACCAACCCCAACCUCCCGCCGCUGUACCCGGAGCCGUCGACGACGCCCGACCCGACGACGAUGCCUGCGCCGUUCUCGAACCCGGUCGCCGCGCCGACCAUGCCGGCGCCGUUCACCGCCCCGGUCACCAACCCAGCCACGACGCCGACGCCGGUGCCCGGCACGGCGCCAAUCACCAACCCGGCCACGACGUACCCAGGCGGCAGUACCGGUGCCGGCUCCGGCGUGGGGAGCGUGCCGACGACCCCGGUGUACCAGGCGCCGGCGACGACGGUGCCGACGCCGACCACGGUGCAGCCAGCGGCGGGGGGGACGGGGCAGUCAACAUGGUGCGUGGCGAAGGCCGGGGUGACGGAGGCGGCGCUGCAGGACGGGCUGGACUACGCGUGCGGCAUGGGCGGCGCCGACUGCUCGGCGCUGCAGCCCAUGGGCAGCUGCUACAACCCCAACACGAUGCAGGCGCACGCCUCCUACGCCUUCAACGCCUACUACCAGCGCAGCCCCUCGCCGGCCAGCUGCGACUUCGGCGGCGCCGGCAUGCUCGUCGCCACCAACCCAAGUUCAGGAACUUGCAUGUACCAGGCAUCAUCAGGUUCAGGUUCUGCCGCCGGCUACAGCCCGGCGGCGACGGGCACCACCUCCGGGCCGGUGGGCGUGACGCCGAGCUUCGGGCCGGUGGGAACCACGACCGGGACGGGGACGGGACCGGCGGUCAGCAGUGGAGGGUCAGGCUCGACGGUGCUGAACGCGAACAACUACCCAGGCGGGACCUCGAUGUACGGCCCGGGCAACCCGGCCGGCUUCUCCGACACCAGCAGCGGCGCCGCCUCCCUGAACUGCAGCUGGGUCCUGUCUCUGAUCUGGAUGUUCACCUUUGCUUAUGUCAAGGUGAAGGUGUAGCAUCCAUGUGCUGCUGCUGCUGCUGCUGAUGUGCUCUUCUCUUGUUGACAUGAUAUUCACUUGUGUACAGAGAUGGAUAAAUGAAUUCAGAGGGGAGAGAAGACUAGAUAAUUUUGUGCCUGUGUGUGUGUGUGUAUUGGACUAAGCUGAGCAGAAUGUUGCUUAUAGCUAAGAAAUAGUAUGUGUUAGGUGAGCAUGGAGUUCAUUCUCUAUGAACUAUGUUAUGAUAUCAAAUGAUAUUCUUCUUGCAA